CUCCAUCAGCCCGGACAAUGCCACACCUCGUUUAACGCUUCCAAACUGUUAUUCUUCCACACACCCCCACCCCCCCCACACCACCACCCGCCUCCCUCGUCACGGUACUAAGUAAUCUCUCUUUCCCCGGCCCCCCCGCCCUCCCCGUGGCAGAUACGGAACGGAGCGAUAAAGCGGCGGCGGCGGGGACCGCUCCGCAGCCGCCGCUCGCAACGGGAUGGGAUGCAACUUCUGCUGACUGGACCACAGGACACUGAACAGAGACCGAGGAAAUCACGGAUCAGCUCCUGACCAUGCCACCAACCUCCUGCCUGAUCUCUGACACAUUCCUGUGGCCUGACACAAAGCCUCCUGAGGACAUGUAUUGAUUGAGAAAAUCAAAAAUGCAUGAAAAUAAGAAGAAUGGACCACACCGAGGCAGUAACACUUUGCAAAGAUGUUUCUAGUUUCAAAUGGAUUGCAGAAGGCUUAAGUGAUAACUGGGUAUCUUGUUAGCAGAACAGAAAUGAAUAACUCAACGUACAUAAACUCUUCCACUGAAAAUGUGAUGGCUUUGGAGAGCCCCUAUAAAACUGUUGAGGUGGUUUUCAUCGUCCUGGUAGCAGGGUCUCUCAGUCUAGUCACCAUAAUUGGGAAUAUCCUGGUCAUGGUGUCAAUCAAAGUCAACAGGCACCUACAGACAGUCAACAACUAUUUCCUGUUCAGCUUGGCCUGCGCUGACUUGAUCAUCGGCAUCUUUUCAAUGAACCUCUAUACCCUCUACACUGUGAUAGGUUACUGGCCCUUAGGGCCUGUGGUGUGCGACCUCUGGCUGGCUCUCGACUACGUGGUCAGCAACGCCUCUGUAAUGAACCUCCUCAUUAUCAGCUUUGACAGAUACUUUUGUGUCACCAAGCCUCUGACAUAUCCUGUAAAGCGGACCACUAAGAUGGCAGGCAUGAUGAUCGCAGCUGCGUGGGUGCUGUCCUUCAUCCUGUGGGCCCCUGCAAUUCUCUUCUGGCAGUUCAUUGUGGGAGGAAGGACUGUCCCAGAUGGGGAUUGCUACAUCCAGUUUUUUUCCAACGCUGCCGUCACUUUUGGCACUGCCAUUGCAGCCUUCUAUUUGCCUGUUAUCAUCAUGACUGUCCUUUACUGGCAAAUCUCUCGAGCUAGUAAGAGUCGGAUAAAGAAAGGGAAAAAGGAAGCUGCCCAAAACCAAGAUGCAGUUUCCCCCAGCCUAGUCCAAGGUAAAAUAGUAAAACCAAACAAUAACAACAUCCCAACCAGUGGGGAUGGGUUAGAGCACAGCAAAAUUCAGAAUGGAAAAACCACCGGAGAGACUGUGACAGAGAACUGUAUUCAAGGAGAGGAGAAGGAGAGCUCCAAUGACUCCACCUCUGUCAGUGUGGUUGCUUCCAACGUGAAAGAGGACAAAGCUGCCAAAGAUGCCAGCCAGGCUUCUGCCUCCCAAGACCAUCUUAAAGCGGAGAACUCAAAGCUGACGUGCAUCAGGAUAGUCACCAAGUCCCAAAAGGGUGACUGCUGUGCCCCUAACACGACCGUGGAGAUUGUAGGUGCCAACGGGGAGGAGAAGCAGAAUAGCGUAGCCCGGAAAAUCGUCAAAAUGACAAAGCAACCAGCCAAAAAGAAACCACCUCCUUCUAGAGAGAAAAAAGUGACAAGGACUAUUUUGGCCAUCCUUUUGGCCUUCAUCAUCACCUGGACCCCAUACAAUGUGAUGGUGCUCAUCAACAGCUUCUGCACAUCCUGCAUCCCUGGCACUGUAUGGACCAUAGGUUAUUGGCUCUGUUAUAUCAACAGCACCAUCAACCCGGCUUGUUAUGCCCUCUGCAAUGCUACUUUCAAGAAGACCUUUAAGCACCUUCUUAUGUGUCAUUACAAGAACAUAGGAGCUACAAGGUAAAAACAACAAUAAAAAUAAUAAUAAAAAGAGAGAAGUUCCAAAUUAAAUUAAAAACGUAAAUGCCAUAGCACUUUAUGAUCUUCUACGGAAUGUGCAAUCCUGACACGGGGCAUCAGCUCCACCCAUGAAAAUUACACUUAAAAACAUUUUUUUAAUUACUAAAAAUUAAUCUUGAGGACGUGGGGAUGUUUGAGGAAUUAUUCAAGUAUGUGGACUGGAGGCACAGUUCCUUGCUUUAUGAGAGUAUUCUGAAGAAGGGCUCUGGAGUCUACGAUUUUUGGUCCUUCUGUGUAAACACUUGUAGAGGGGCUUUUUUGUUGGGUGUUUGGUAUUUUUUUGUUGUUUUUUUUUUUUUUUUUUUUUUUCUUUUUUUGGUUGCUGUUGUUUGUUUGGGGUUUUUUCCUGUCUCUAAUAUGUCUUCAUCUAGGGGAAUAAAAAAGAGAAUUUUAACGAUAACUGUGUGGAAGAGGCAUAAGAGUUUGGAAGAUCAUUACAUAAUCCAAGUUAAUCAUGUUAGAAUGUUUCUGAAUCUCAGAGUUGUCUAAAACUUUUUGUCACUGUCAUGUAAGAACCUUAAUGUUAAGUAAAUCAUGAUGAAAGUUAUUUUAUGUUGUUUAUGACACCACCAUUUCCAAAACUGCAUUAGUUCUGAAAGUGUACUUAUACUCAACACAUAACCACUGCCUAACCUGUGUAUCAUUUGAAGUCUGCCUCUUGUCCCCUUCUAGGGGAUUUUGUUCUGUGAUUCCUUCAUCAUGUAAAGAUAAAAGUGAAAAAAGUUGGUCUUUUCGAGAUUGGUACAUCCCAAGACUACUUCAGCAUAUGUGUAAACCAAAGCUUUUGAGACAAUUUUGCUCACUUUGUCUGUUGUAUAACAUCCAUCCGUGGAUACGUCUUUUACCUUCAUCAGCUUUUUCUUCCUUUUUGUACUUUACUUGUCCAGAGCACAAAGGUUGAACAUAAAAUGAAGUUGUAAAUUUGAAGGUCUCAUCCAGUCAGUCCCCAUGGUGGCCAAACAAAGGGCCUCAGCUGAAGAAUAGAAACAAGGUCAUUACUAGGAAAAUGAAGGUUACAUCCUUUUAAAGUUGGAUGCACAGAUGAAGAGUUGUGCUGAGGCUCCAGAGAAUGAAUGGUUAAUAUUAGAUGACCGUGUUCUUGGCCAGACAAAAGAUGAUUCACCCUCAUUUAUUGAAGAAAAGAAUAUGAUGGACUGACAUACCUACAUGGAUCAAGUUCUGCCUAAGCCCUUAGUGUGAAACCACAGUCCUUCCCAGGUGUAUCCUGGAUAAGAUGUUUACUUUGAGGAAAAGAUAUUGGCUCCAUUCCCUUUUAUAGUAGCUGGGAGCAAUAUUUUCACUGUAAGCCAAGGGAUAACACUAAUAAAAAGGCAGAGUGGAGAACAAUGAUUACACAAAACCAGAUAUUGAAACAGUCUGGGUAGGGACCUGGCAGGGGUAUAGUUCAACUAUUAUCUGCUACUCCACACUAGAUCAAAUUCAGAAUAUUUCUGCCUGGCAAAGAAUUUACUAUUUCAAUAUUUGAUAUUUAUUGUAGCACAACCGAGCACCAUGUGGAUAGGACAAAAUGAAAACAGCAAUUGUCUGUGAGUUAUACAUAUUCUAGUAUCUCCUUCUUAGUAACUCUAACUUCCAAGCACUAGUCAAGAUACACCUACAGAUUUUGUUACCCAAAAAAGUAGUUUGCUGCAUAGACAGUAUCUUGAGACACCGCCUUCUAGAAUGAAAGCCACCUACCAAAUAGGACACCAAACAGUUCUGUUAUUUCAUGCUACCACAUUAUAGUCUUCCAAAAUGCACUUCAAAACAGCAGCCUUCAAGAUUAUGGGAAAAUUAGGCUCACAGACUUAAGUUUUACAUUUGACAAGCUCACUGGAACACAGUGUCAAAGCACUUUGGCAAUAUGACAAUUUUCAUGUUUCCAAGUACAAGUACCUAGCAGAAAGUGAAAAUGAGGAGGAUUAAAUUGCAGUAAAUUAAGGCCACGUUAAAUUUAGGAUUAAUGUGUCUUAAUAUGCAUUCAUUGAUUUUAUAUCCCUAGUGAUUUCAUUCUAAUAUAUCUAAGUAUCUCCAUGCAGCCAAGGAUCUAAUUUUGCAACCCUCACUUGCCUUGAGCCAUAUUUACUAUCACUAUUUUCAUCUUCCUGCUUGUAAGGAAGAAUUACUCAAUGAUAGUGCUUGCAAAACUGAGUGCUGCUUGUCUUUCAAAACUACAUUCACUAGGCUUACCUCGUCAGGUCAAGGGAAAGACUUACGUGCUCAUUUCAAAAUCAUUCAUUCUCUUGCAGUGCUAAAAAAUCUAGAUGAAAAACAAAGAUAAAAUGAAAUCUGUUAAUUUUCUAAAUCUUACUUCUUUAGAAAAGUUUAAUAAACGAAACACACCUGCUUAUUUCUUUCAACAAGUGCUGUGGGUAUCAAUAGUACCCGUACUCAAGUAGGGAAAUCAAGGUUUGGAAAUAUUCUUAUUUUAUCUUUUAACCCCAGUUUUCCAGCAGGUGUGCAAAUCUUUUAUUCUGACCUUUGAAACUGUCACUUGUUCACAAAUGCUGAAUUCCUCUAACAGCUAAGGUCACUUUUACAGGUUAAGAAGUGGCAGAUAUAUAUUAAAAUUACGCUUUUGCAUCCUGGGGUGUGAUGACACCUAAAAUACCAUGCAGAAAAAAAAAUAUUUUGGGGGGCAGUAUUCAUGACACAAACAAACAAACAACAUGAAAAAUAAAAACCUUCAGUUUGAAGCUUUGUUGCACUUUUCCCUAGCAGCACCCACACUUUUGAUCUUAAAGGACAAGAUAUUUUAGUGUGUGAUAUAGUAUAUCAUAAAAGCAGGCGGGACACAAUCUUGUGCGUUUCCACCUUGUACCAGUUCAAUGAAAAAAUGUUUCCAUGGUACGUCCACAUUCACAACCAAUUAAACAAUGUCAAAAUAGAUGACAUAAUGCACCUAUGCAUGUGCACACAGGCAUGUAAGCACACACACCAACAUGGGUUUUAUAUAUGGAAAACAAUCAUCUAACAUUCAAGAUAUUGCAUGGGAUUGUGUCCAUGCUGUGCUCACUGGCAGCUGGGGGGGAGGCACAGAGCCAACAUUUAUUCCUGACACUGUUUUCCCCCUCCCUCUCAGAGGCAGAGACGAAGCAGUGCCUGCCCUGAGAUACCGGGAACCUCUUGGGUCUUCAGCUGGUUGUGGCUCAGUAAGACAAAAAGUGCGAUAAUCCUUCAGAGCCACAAAAUAAUUUGUUCGUUUGAACAUCUUUCGAGCUCUCAUGUCUUUCCUUUGUGUCCCAAACCACGUUCACCAGGUUUCACUUCCCUUCUGAGUGAUAGUUCUGCGAGAGGUAGAUGUCGGUCUUGAAGAGCAGCGCUCCCCGGGUACCUCCUCCGGCUUCCCCGGCUGCUACCUGCGCCCCGUCGCCCCCAAGGCCCCAGGUGGCCCUGCUGAUGGUGUUGCCACAUCUCCACCUUGGGCUUGGCCAGAGGAUCCCAGCAGCAUAUCCGCACCAUGUGCUGCACUGGCCACUUUCGUUUCACCUAGAAAUUGAGCAAACUGUGCAGGUGACUCAUGAGGAAAAAAAAAAAAAUAAAAAAAAAAAUACCAAACCCAAACAAACAGCAAUGACAAAAAUCUGCAGUUAACACUUCUUGCCCUCUCUUUUUCUUCCUCUUAAUUAUUUCCAGAAACAGGCUAAAACUGAAAAGGCCCAACCAACCCUUGACAGUAACCCUGCUGCAGCAGGACCUGUCAUGACGGCCGCUCAUGGGGAGUGACUUGUACUGUCACAGGCCAGCCCUCCUUCACUCUACAGGGAGACAUCAGCUGCCUGAAGAUAUGUCAAUCCAACUGGCACCUUUUCUGAGUAUUAAAGACAUCUGUUGUUAAAAAAAAAAAAAAAAAAAAAAAAAAAAAAGAAAAUAAAAAGAAAGAAAGAAAAAAAGAAAGAGAGAAAAAUGAAAGAAAGAAUGAAAGAAAGAAAGGAGAAAGCUGAAAGAAUGUUGAGAAAUCUGUUUUCCAGUGAGGACAAAACCGAAGAAGAAUUUCUGUCAGUCGUCUUUCUGUUUGGGAUUUUCAUUUGAUUUACUAAGAAUCGUGAGGAUCUGUUCAGAGAUAGCAUAAUAUGUGAACAUUGGCUGAUAAAAAAUAGUCUAUAACAAAUAAACACAUCUAUAUCAGUCA